UUUAUUUCAUUUUCGUUUCAUUUUACUACUUUUUAGUUUUUUUUUUCAUUUCUUGCUCGUAGUUUCAUAGUUUGUGUAAAGUUUAACUUGUGCCUGUUUCGAUUUUGUAAUAAUCAGCGCGGAAGUUGAAUCGUGGUUAUCGAAUUUUGGUUUUAGUACCUUAAAAAACAGUAACAAUUUUCGAAUCUGAUACAAUCUUUAUGAUCUAUUGACGUAAAGCGAAAAAGCCAGACCAAAGAAUAUGGAAAUCGAACUGGUAGUUCUUUCAAGAACUGGCUUUGAAGUGUAAGACUUGACGAUACAUAGUUCAUACUUGAUAAGUUCCAACUUUUUCUGCUUCAAUUAUACUAGUGCAACUACAAAGAAGGAUAAUAAUUCUACUGCGCUUUACGCUUUAAAUUUUAUUGUAUUUGAUUUGUUGCUUUUUCUUUGCGUGUUUUUUGUUUUCUUGUCCUUUUUUUUUUUUUUUUUUUUUUUGUAACGAUUGCAUACUAUGAUUUUUUCGUUCGUUAUCUGUGGUGAAAUUUUGAAAACGAAUAGUGACCACUUCAUUGGGAAUACCUUCGGACUGAACUGAACGGUAUCAGAUUGACUCACUAUCUUUACUCAUUUGAGGUCAGCUGUACGAAAUACGAUUGACUGAUGGAGAAGCAAUCAUUUAUCAUACUUUCCAUUUUUUCGACCAUUUCAAUACUGAGAAAAAGAUACUAAUUUGCGCAGUGCGCACCCUGUAUUAGCCGUGGCCGAAGGGAACUUACCUACCUGUACCUACCUAUCUAGUUCGAUUACGUCGUGCUGUGCUUGCCGCAUCCGCAUCCGCAUCCGGCCCAUCUGCCCAAUCUGCCCAAUUUGUCGGAUCGCCGCCGCCGCCUCCGCCGGUUAUCCACAUCGUCGACAUCAUCGACAUGGGUCCGCAUGGUGACAAAGAGUUUUUAGACGACGAAAACGACGCUGACGCUACUACUCGUAGUCGUACAGAUACGAGCAGCGAUAAACUGCAGAUGAAUGGUUCGUGUACUCAACGUGUUAAAUAUCGUGCUCAAAAAUGCGUUAAUUUGGAUAAGUUUUCUGAAAUUGGGGAAUGGAUGAACAAUCGAGCUGAGUUUUACCCUAUUGUGAUAACUAUGCCAUGGUUUGGGAUGGAUAUCGGCGGUACUUUAUCAAAAUUGGUAUAUUUCGAGCCGUACGACGUUUCUCAAGACGAAGCUAUUAUGGAAAUCGAGACGUUGAAAAACAUUCGCAGAUAUUUGACCAAAAAUUCGGCUUACGGCAAAACCGGCCACCGAGAUAUCCAUUUGCAAAUGGAUAAUGUUACGGUGUGCGGUAAAAAAGGCGUAUUACAUUUCAUACGCUUCCCUACGGCCGAAAUGAGUAAUUUUUUGGAGUUGGCCAAGAAGAAAGGUAUGGCCAAAUUAGUGACGACCGUAUGCGCUACCGGAGGCGGAGCCUUCAAAUUUGAAGACGCGUUCCGAAGGGAAGUGAAUAUGCGACUGGAGAAAUACGACGAAUUGGACAGCCUUAUCAGAGGGGUGCUUUUUGUCGAAUCGAAUAACGCGCAAGAAUGCUACUAUUGGCAAAAUCCGACCGACGAUGAAACAUGCCGCAAAGUCAGUUACGACUUCAGCCGACCGUAUCCGUUCAUCCUCGUCAAUAUCGGAUCCGGCGUUAGUAUUUUAGCAGUAUACGGACCUAAUAAUUACAAACGAGUAUCCGGUACAAGUUUGGGCGGCGGAACGUUCUUGGGCUUGUGCGGAUUAUUAACAGGUUGCGGUAGUUUCGAAGAAGCUAUCGAAUUGGCUGCCGGCGGCGAUAAUAAAAAAGUCGAUAAAUUGGUACGCGAUAUUUACGGCGGUACUUACGAGCGAUUCGGAUUGUCGGGCGAUUUAGUCGCUUCCAGUUUCGGCCAAAUGAUCACGAAAGAAAAGCGAGAUUCAGUCACGAAAGAAGAUUUAGCUCGAGCUACUUUGGUUACCAUCACCAACAAUAUCGGCUCUAUCGCUAGAAUGAGCGCCGUCAACGAAAAAAUCAAUCGGGUUGUAUUCGUUGGAAAUUUUCUCAGAGUUAACGAAAUAUCUAUGAAGUUGUUAGCUUACGCUAUGGAUUAUUGGUCGGCUGGAACGUUGAAAGCGCUUUUCUUGGAACACGAAGGCUAUUUCGGAGCUGUUGGCUGUUUAAUUUCGUUCAACGACGCGAUUAGUUGAAGGUAAGGUCGAUUGGAUACGCCAUCGCCAGCGCCACCGCCUCCGAAGACUGGACAUACGCAAACGCAUAUCAACUAUCAACUAUGUAGAUACUGAACUCGUACCCCGUACCCGUAACAUGUUUGGGGUACUUACUCGUAUCUACUCUACAUUACGUACUAUAUGUGUAGUAUUACUGGCGACUGGACACUGGACACUGGACACGCUCAUCUUACUUACCUACGUCGAUUACGAUUUUAUCAUCGUAUACAUAUAUUAGUAUAUAUUGCAACAUCGCAUCAUAUCACCUACCUAUACCUACCUACGCUACUUAUUCGGCGCGGCGGUUCAUCUACAUUUACUACUCCGUACUCUUAAUUUAGGUAGGUUGGAGGUUGGAGUACGUUUACGGUUUACGUAUAUCGUGGUUAGCAGUUACUCGUACAUUACACGUAGGUAAGGUACCACUACCAACCGUAAUCUACAUAUCUAUAAUCUACGUACAAAUAUAUUUUAUGUAUCGCAUCGGUCUAUCGGUCUAAUCUACGAGUACCUACGUACGUCUACGUACGAGUAGAUUACUUCUGGUACUUUACUUUACUUACUACCUAGUACCUCUACCUACCUGAGGUCAUUGGCGAGUUCCUUUCGUAUUAUGUAUUAUGUAUCUGUAUUUGUAUUUGUAUUUUUAUUUUAACUGAAACAUGGUACUGUACCUAGACCUAUCUCGACGAAUGCCGAGUUGUGGUCGCUUUGCGUCUACUUGUUCGCAUAGGUAGUCGUGCGAGCGUUGACAUUUUGUGUCUAUUUGUGCGAAUCGAGUCGAGUCGAGUCGAGUCGCGUCGAGUAUUUCUCAACGUUAGCGCGGUGCAGGGGCAGCGUAUCGAGAAAAGUACAUAUGUACUUCUUCCUACAUAUAUGCGGGCUGAAAAAUGGCUUACUACGUCGUCUCACCUGCUGUUUAGUGUUUUGCAUUCGUUAGUAAUGUAAGUACUCGCACAAUUACGAAGUAGUGCGCCGCGCCGCGCCGCGCUGUUGCGAUUCUACUCGUACCUGAAAUCACAAUCAGUCCGCUACUACGCUAGUUACUUUCGUUCUUUAGUAGGUAGGUAGGUCUAGGUACCGUACAAAUACGAGUACAUAUUUUGUUGUCGUCAUUUUCAAACGUCGCGCCGAUGUGUAUGUCAUUUCCACAAUUAGGUAUUUGUUCUGCGAUCAAAACAUCGUACAAAAAUUUUAAACCUGUCGUUUUUUACGUAGGUUCGGUAGGUUAUACGUAUUUUGUAAAAUUUUACUCGCGCCGUAUUUGUGUGAUUUUGUAAAUGUUCAAAGUGGGGUAAGGGCAACAUUAUUUUCAUUUCUAAAAGAAAGAAAACGUGCCGUCUUCGAUAGGUAUACGAUACGAGUACGGCGAUAAGUACCUAUACCUAUUCGGCUAUUCGUAUUGUUUAUGCGAGUAUGUAGAUGUACAUAUUUUCAACGGGGUGCGGUGCGGUGCGGUGCGACGCGACGUAUUCAUAUACGAAGCUGAGCAGCUACGGAGCUAUUGAGGCACCUGUACCUGGACCUACCUACCUACCUACCUAUUUUCUAUGUGCAGUUGUGUUUGCGUUUGCGUUGCGCCGUUGCUUCGCCUCGAUGCAACGAUAAGAUACGUACCCGUACCUUAUCCAAGGCGUGAGAUGAGAUCGUCGGUGGUAAAGCUAUUAUGUCGCUUCGUAUUCGGUUUCGGUAGGUGCCAUGUCAGAUGGUUGGUAGAGAUACAGGUUGUCAUCUUUCACGAUUUGUACUACACCAACACUACACCUAGUUACGUAAAAAAGAAAAUCUUCAAAGUAUUGUGCAGAAAUCGAGUUGCAUUGUACUUCGUUUUGCGAAAGUAGCCGGUAGCUCGCGAUGCUCGAAUACUACGUACUGUACUAAUAUGUUAGCAGAUGCACCAUGUGUAUGUGUAUGUCUGUGACGUGUACCUCCACCGCACCUACUGUGUAUCAUAUGUGAUGUGGUGUACACUGUACACUGUACAGGGUGGACAGAAAUAUCGCGAACCCCUAAAAAAGUUUUCUGCUUAAUAUGUGUAUUUCGGUUGGUCACAGUGAAUGAUACGAAUAAUACCUACCUAAUGAUAGCGUAUGAUUGGUUGUUGGACUGAGAGUGAGAUGAUAACUUUCCACCAACCAUGCGCAUCUAUUUAGUAUUUAGUAUUUAACCGUUCACGUUGUCAACCUAUAUUUAUGUAUUUAAUUUAAUUAAUGAAAAACACUUUUUCCGAGGCUCACGAUAUUUCUGUCCACCCUGUAUUAUACAUACCUAUGUAUACUGUAUAGGUAGAGCUAGAGGUACGUCUACGUUCGUCGUUCACCUACAACUACUGUAAAUGUACAGGGUGCCCAGAAAUAUCGAGCACCCGGCUAAGAAAGUUUUUCAUUAAAAAUAUACGCGUAGGUUGGCAACGUGAAAUAGAUGCAUAUGGUUGGUGGAAUGUUAUCUCUCCAGUCCAACAACCAAUCAUGCGCUAUCAUUAUUACGCGUAUCAUUCACCGUGACCAACCAAAGUAUUUUAGUAGAAAACUUUCUUAGGGGUGCUCGAUAUUUCUGGGCACCCUGUACCUCUCAACCUACACUGUAAAGUAUAAACACCUAGCUGACUACCUGAGUAAUCGUGAGCGAGUGCCUAGUUGAUUAUUAUGUUAGGUACCUGUAUUCUUAUUAAUUAUGUACCUGUUAUCAUCAAUUAUUCUUGAUGUUCGUGUUGUUGUUAUCGUUGGUGUUAUUAUAAUAUUUAUUAUUAUUAUUAUUAUUAUUAGGUACUACUAUUAUUAGUAUUAUGUAUUAUUUUCGUUUAUUUUACUGUUGUUGCCGUCGUUAUUAUGAUUAUUAUUAUUAUUAUUGUUGUUGUUGUUAUUGUUGUUUUUGUUUUUUUAAAUUGAAAAUACGCCGUAAGCAUCGCCAUUUCGGGCGCAUGCUUAAACAAUCGUAUUCGUCGAGUUGUUGUCAUUCCACGACUAUUAAAAUAUAUGAUAUGUACCUAUA